UCCCCUCGUCAGACGUCAGCCGUCACAUUCUGCCUCCGGGAGAGAGAGCGAGAGGAGGGGAAAAGAGCGCCGAUCUCCGCACGCAUCGAUCGGUCUUCGCUGCAUAUCCUAGAGAUCAGAGAGCUCAAGCCCGGGGUUUCGUUCGCUGUUCGGCGGAGAUGAACAUCUUCAGGUUAGCGGGCGACAUGACGCAUCUCAUGAGCGUCCUCGUCCUCCUCCUCAAGAUCCACACCAUCAAAUCGUGCGCUGGCAUAUCUUUGAAGACCCAAGAACUUUAUGCUCUUGUUUUUGCCACUCGUUACUUGGACAUAUUUACUGAUUUUAUCUCAGUGUAUAAUACAAUUAUGAAGCUUAUAUUCUUGGGGAGCUCAUUCUCAAUUGUCUUGUACAUCCGAAGACACAAGAUUGUUCGCAGAUCUUAUGACAAGGACCAAGAUACUUUUCGACACUUUUUCCUUGUAUUGCCUUGUCUACUAUUGGCCCUAGUUAUAAAUGAGAAAUUCACACUUAAAGAGGUUAUGUGGACAUUCUCCUUAUUUCUGGAAGCAGUUGCAAUACUUCCUCAAUUGGUAUUGUUGCAGAGGACAAAAAAUAUUGACAACUUGACUGGUCAAUAUGUUUUUCUCCUAGGAGCGUAUAGAGCAUUUUACAUCUUAAACUGGAUUUACCGAUACUUCACUGAGCCUCAUUACGUUCAUUGGAUAACAUGGAUAUCUGGAUUAGUGCAAACACUGCUUUAUGCUGAUUUCUUUUACUAUUACUUCAAUAGUUGGAAGAACAAUGUUAAGCUCAAGCUACCAGCAUAACUUUGUCACUUCAAGGCCAACUGUAGUAGGAUCUAGCCGUAUGAAUCUGGAAGGCUUCACUACUGUAAAGCAUGUUCUCUUGUUAGCCGUUCUAAAGUGCCUCAUCUUGUUAGCAAGUCACAUUCAUUUUUUAUUAGGUAAACAUAUGUGAAUCAUGUGUUGUCAUUUUGUCCAACACUUGGAACUCGAACUGUUUGGUUUGAUUGUAUACUGAAGCUCAGAUCUGAUGUUUUAUACGUUUAGCUACGAUUGCAAAUUUGGUAAGUUCCAGGUGUCUUGUAGCACACUGUAUUUGAUAAUCAAAACGCUAUUUCAAUUUA